AUGAAAACAGAGAAUGAUGAGUCAACAACAUGUCAAAAUUCAAAUAUUCAGCCGUUGUUAUCAGAGUUAUCACAGAGUUCAGCAAUGAAAAAACCGUAUGAAUCAAUGCUUGAUAAUCUUGCUAACGAUCCAGCAAUUCAAAAGGAAAUAGCACUUGGUCAACGAAUAGGCUUUUACAAUAUUCGUGAAGAAAUUGGCGCAGGAAAUUUUUCAAAAGUUAAUCUUGGCAUACAUUGUUUGACAAACGAAAAAGUUGCAAUAAAAAUUAUGGAUAAAUCUAAAAUGAAUGAAAUGACGCAAAAGCUAUUAGCACAUGAAAUAAAAACAAUGGAACAACUUCAUCAUCCAAAUAUCAUUCGUCUUUUUGAGUGCGUUGAAACAACUUCACGAGUAUAUCUUAUAAUGGAAUACGCUGGUUCUGGAGAACUUUAUUCUCAUAUUCAAUGCCACGGGAAACUUUCGGAGAAUGUUUGCAAGCCACUUUUUGCUCAAAUUGUUUCGGCUAUUUCAUAUAUUCAUUCCAAAAAUAUCAUUCAUCGUGAUAUAAAGGCAGAAAAUGUGUUACUAUUAGCACCAGAUUGGAUUAAAUUAGCUGAUUUUGGUUUUUCAUGCCAAAUGAAUCCAAAUGAUACGCUAACAACAUUUUGUGGUUCACCAGCAUAUGCUGCACCUGAACUUUUUAAAAUUGAUGGUUAUUAUGGAACAAAUGCAGAUAUUUGGGCAAUUGGUGUAUUGCUAUAUUUUAUGCUUGUUGGUAAGAGACCAUUUUAUGGUGAAACAAUUGACAAAUUAAAACAAAACAUUUUACGGGGUGUUUAUCCAUUACCGAAUUAUCUAAGCAUAUCAGCCCAGCGUGUAAUCAGCCAAAUGCUUGUUGUUGAUCCCAAGAAACGGAAUACCAUUGAUGAUAUAAAGAAUUGUAAUUUCCUGAUGGGUUGUCAAUUUACCAAACCGUAUACGCAAUGUGAUAUGAUAUCGAAUGAUAACGAAUUGAUUGAGAAUCCAUUAGCAAACAUAGUACGUAAUAAAUUACGAUUUUACGGUAUCGAUGAAACAAUUGUUAGAGAUGGUGCAUUAAAAGGAAUUCAAAAUGCUGAAACUGGAAUAUAUCGCAUUGUACUUCAUCAAGCACAACAGGAUUAUGAUCAACAGAAGUGCAAUUCUAUUCGAAACGGUUAUGUGAUGAUAAACAGCAAAAAACCAUUAUCAGUACUGAUUACGAGCAAUAAAACUUGCACAAUCUCAUAA